UUUCUCACAAACAGAGGGAGGUGUCCAUACACAAUUAUAUUUUCGAGGGUUCAGGGCAAUUUGGCACGCAGCUUUCAAUAGACAUGUCGUUCUUUUUCAAAUUGUCCUUCAUUUCAUUUGCUUUAGCUAAUGUCUGCAACACUGCCGUUAUUUUGAACGAAACAUUGGAUGUAUCAAUACCAUUUCAGGAAGCGGACGAACAUACUUUGUUGGAGUUAGGAGAAAAAGUGAAUUCACCACUUCUGAAACUAAUCGGAUUUGCCUUGAAAAAUCUAAAAUGUAACAUCAAUGGACCAUGUGAUAUUUGGUCACCAUGGACGCGCUGUUCAACUGUUCCUAAAGGAACUUUCGGAAUUCGAACGCGAUCGCGCAGUUGUUAUCAAGAGCAAACGAUAAGUGGUUGCGACAAUUUUGGUAAGACGAAACAUGUUGAAAACCAGAACGAAGUAUGUGAGGGGUUUUGUCCCACAAAUUACAACACUACAAGCACAAGCCUUUGCUUAAAAACAAGUACGGAAAAAAAGAAGCGCCAUGCAGCGGAGAAGUUCUGUGAAGAAGACGGUGGGCAUAUCAUCAACAUUGACACCCAAAAGAGAUAUGAGGCUGCUAGCUCGGUUGCAAAUAUAAGCAGUAUAUGGGUUCAAGGGAAACGUUCUCAACAAGCGGGACCCUGGCAAUACAUUGUCGGUGAAGACCCGGAAUCUCAGCCGUUCUUCAAAUGGGACGAAGGAGAUCCAGAAAAUGGUGUAAAUGAUGUGUAUAUGCGCUUCUACAAGUCAGAGUUCUAUGAUUGUGUGGAUUCAAAUUACAUUGUAAUUUGUGAAAUAAGACAAUAGGACGAACAUGUUGGAAUAAAUAUGACAUUGAAAUGACAUUACCUUCAGUGUGUGUUUGUUUAUAAAAAUAAUGUAUAUGACUGAUUUGUAAUACAGAACUAAAUUAUACGGAGUCAUUUUUUCUGAAUGUUUCGGAUGUAACCCUACGUAGAUGUUGAGCGAUGAGAAACGAUGUGGUCAAAGUUGAUUAAUGGAACAAAAUCUGAUUCACAUAGUGUUUGUGCAAUGUGUUUGAAAGCAACUCAAAAUAAAAUUAGCAUGAGAUCAUAAUCCACAUGAUCAUUAAGUUUGUUCAUUGUUCAUUUAAAUGACCUGUCGAUUUCUAAAUUGUGGCGGUGAUUGUAGUUCUGCAUCAUACAUAACUUUUAACACUGUUUUGUAUGUAAGUUGGAUUGUUGUUUGCUUUAAUAAUAAACAUAUCUCCUGUCGAUUGGUCUUAAAGUAACACCAUAGCUUAAGGCAGGUGUGUGUUAUAAAGUCAUGAAGAAAUUGAGACUAAGAUUGUACUUUGUGCAAAAUUCUGCGAGAGCUACAUAUAAUUUGAAAUUGUGCAUUGAUUUCUUGACUUUAGUUACGACGCAAACUUUGGAUUUGAAUAUGUAUAGUAAUAUACUGUUACAGCUUUCCUGUUAACAUGUAUUCUUCUCUCAUUUAAAUAAACCUUAAAAC